AUGGGCUCCCAUCGCCCCCAUGGUUCACGAAAGAGCUUGAGCACUGUCCUCGACGGCGGGAAAGGACAACGCCGUCCGAAUCUUCCAACUCUCCUAAGCUAUACACUGCAUCAAUAUCCAUUCGAUCGUCGCGGAUCUGGUACAGCAGGUCUGAGUGGUCGAGGUACGCGCAUCUCACCCACUUCUGCUCGCUCCCUGGGGCCUCUUCCACGAAUUCAGCGCACAGCCGCUCGCACACCGUCGGUUGAAUGUGAAGCAUUACCACCAGCACUUCGAGGGGUAGCCAACAUUGCGCACGAAACUCGUGAAGGAGCCCAUCCACUUGCAACCAUCGGUGGGGUGACCGGACGAUUCGCGCGAUCUCCCCGAAGGACUCGUGUCUUUGUCGCACCUCGCGAGGGUAAAUCCAACGGUGACUUUGAUGCCGAUGAAGAAACUUCGUCAAGUUCGGAUGAAUCCACCCAUUCCCGGACAUUCUACCUCCCUCCCAAGCAACUCGAAGGAUUCAUGAACGGGAAACACCCGAACCCACGGGAUAGACCUCCUAGGGCAGGCAGACUUCAGAUUAAUCUCAACAUGGAACGAGCAACUGAGCGAGAGGGCUCAACCGACUCUGAAGGCUUUGCCAGCAAAAUCAUGGAUACCUGGAUAGAGAUCCUAUCGAUACCUGGCGAACUUCAACGUGGUGUUGCUCGCGCAGCUCAGGAGGAUGCUGAGGAAGCUGCUGCUGCUGCUGCUGCUGCUGCGUCUGUUGCUGAAGCAGACAUUGAUAUGAUGGAGCUUUCGGAGCAGAGCCAACUCGAUGAUCCCAGUUCAGCCGAGCAACCCACGCAAGCUGAACAACCUGAUCUGACCCACCAAUUGGAUCCCCAAGAAAAUACGACGGAAGCUACAACACUGGAUGAGACCACCACCAGCAAUGGUCAACAGCAAGAUCAGACCGCUGACUCAACUGCUCAGCAGCAGAACGACGCUACUCAGACGGCAGCUGAGGAACAGCAUGAUAUCACGCAGUUGAUCCAGAAGUAUUCCAACGCCUAUCAAGCCCUCAGCACAGUUAUACGCGCUGCCGAAGCUGCCAUCCAGACCGGCGGGUCUACGCCAGCAGAUGCAAUGAUUGAUCACUCCGCGGUUACGUCCACCCAUGGUCUGCAAGUCACCAUCCUCUUCGAUUCGCGCCGUAGACCCUUGAUCACAGCUGAAGCUCAAUCAGCAAUCUGGGUCAUCUUGCGUAGCAAACAGCGCUCGUGGACGAUUAAUCCCAUUGGGAUCAUGCCGGUGCAGAUUGUACGUGCCACACGGAACGUCCGGUCAGCUUGGGUUCAAGCGCGGAAUGACCUUGCUAAGAUAUUGCGGGAACUCCCCGACUGA